GAGUCUUUCCGAGUGGUGAUGGAGGAGGUAUACUGGGUCCUUUUCUGGGUUCAAAGAAAUGAGGAUAACCAAAGCAUCAGUGGGCAUCUCUACAAAAGCGAUCUGCGUAUCAGAAUACUCUGAAGAAUAGCAACUACCCUUAGGAAUCUCUAGUGUUAGAAAAUGACUAAAACUAAUUCUGGCAUCUUCCACUUUGCCAUCAUCUUUGUGUUAAUACUUGAGAUUGGAAUCCAAUCAUCUGAUGAAAGGGAAUUUUUUGUUGACAGAUCUAAAGCAGGUCUCACCCAUGUUCCCAAAGAUCUAUCUCUGAAAACAACAAUCUUAGAUAUAUCACAAAACUAUAUAUCUGAGCUUCGGACUUCUGACAUCCAAUUACUAUCAAAGCUGAGGAUUUUGAUAAUUUCUCAUAAUAAAAUCCAGUAUCUUGAUAUCAGUGUUUUCAAAUUCAACCUGGAAUUGGAAUACUUGGAUUUGUCCCACAACAAGUUGGGGAAGAUUUCUUGCCACCCUACUGUGAACCUCAAGCACUUAGACCUCUCAUUUAAUGCAUUUGAUGCCCUGCCCAUAUGCAAAGAGUUUGGCAACAUGUCUCAACUAGAAUUUCUGGGGUUGAGUGCCACACAGUUACAAAAAUCUAGUGUGCUGCCAAUUGCUCAUUUGCAUAUCAGUAAGGUUUUACUGGUCUUAGGAGACCCUUAUGGGGAAAAAGAAGACUCUGAGAGCCUUCGACACCUUAACACAGAGAGUCUGCACAUUGUUUUCCCGACAAGAAAGGAAUUCCAUUUCAUUUUGGAUGUGUCCCUCAGCACUGCAGUAAAUCUGGAACUGUCUAAUAUCAAAUGUGUGCUGGAUGAUAACCGAUGUUCUUAUUUCCUAAAUGUUCUGUCAAAACUUCAAAAGAAUCCAAGGUUAUCAAGUCUUACUUUAAACAACAUUGAAACAGCUUGGGAUUCUUUUAUUAUGAUCCUCCAGUUGGUUUGGCAUACAAGUGUAGAAAAUUUCUCGAUUAAAAAUGUGAAACUACAAGGUCGCCUUGGCUUCAGAGAUUUUGAUUAUUCUAACACUUCACUGAAGGCCUUGUCUAUAUACCAAGUUGUCAGUGAUGUGUUCAGUUUUCCACAAAGUUCUAUCUACAAAAUCUUUUCAAAUAUGACCAUCCAAAAUUUCACAGUAUCUGGUACACACAUGAUCCACAUGCUUUGCCCAUCUCAAAUUAGCCCAUUUCUGCAUUUGGAUUUUUCCAAUAAUCUCUUAACAGACACGAUUUUUAGAGAUUGUGGAACAUUGACUAAGCUGGAGACAUUUAGUUUACAAAUAAAUCAAUUAAAAGAACUUACAAAUAUAGCUCAUAUGACCAAGGAGAUGAAGUCUCUACAUCAAUUGGAUAUUAGCCAGAAUUUUUUAAGGUAUGAUGAAAAUGAAGGAAAUUGCUCUUGGACUAGAAGUUUAUUAAGUUUAAAUAUGUCUUCAAAUAUACUUACUGACUCUGUUUUCAGAUGUUUACCUCCCAGGAUCAAGGUACUUGAUCUUCACAAUAACAGAAUAAGGAGCAUCCCUAAACAAAUCAUGAAACUAGAAUCUUUGCAAAAACUCAAUGUUGCUCUCAAUUCUUUAACCAACCUUCCUGGAUGUGGUGCCUUUAACAGCCUUUCUACACUGAUCAUUGACCAUAAUUCAAUUUCCAACCCAUCAGUUGACUUCUUCCAGAGCUGCCAGAAGAUUAGGUCAAUAAAAGCAGGGAACAAUCCAUUCCAAUGUACGUGUGAGCUAAGAGAAUUUAUCCAAAGUAUAGGCCAAGUAUCAAGUGAUGUGGUAGAGGGUUGGCCUGAUUCUUAUAAGUGUGAGUAUCCAGAAAGCUAUAAGGGAACCCCACUAAAGGACUUUCAUCUGUCUCAAUUAUCCUGCAACACAGCUCUGCUUGUUGUCACCAUUGUGGUCCCUGUGCUGGUGUUGGCUGUUACUGUGAGCAUCCUCUGUAUCUACCUGGAUCUGCCCUGGUAUCUCAGGAUGGUGUGUCAGUGGACCCAGACCCGGCGCAGGGCUAGGAACAUACCCUUAGAAGAACUCCAAAGAACUCUCCAGUUCCAUGCUUUUAUUUCAUAUAGUGGGCACGAUUCUGCCUGGGUGAAGAGUGAAUUACUACCAAACUUAGAAAAGGAGGAUAUACGGAUUUGUCUCCAUGAGAGAAACUUUAUUGCUGGCAAGAGCAUUGUGGAAAAUAUCAUAAACUGCAUUGAGAAAAGUUACAAGUCCAUCUUUGUUUUGUCUCCCAACUUUGUUCAGAGUGAGUGGUGCCAUUAUGAGCUCUACUUUGCCCACCACAAUCUCUUUCAUGAAGCUUUUAAUAACUUAAUCCUGAUCUUGCUGGAACCCAUUCCACAAUAUUCCAUUCCCAGUAGCUAUCACAAGCUGAAAAUUCUCAUGGCAAAGAGGACUUAUUUGGAAUGGCCCAAGGAGAAGAGCAAACAUGGACUUUUUUGGGCUAACCUAAGAGCAGCCAUUAAUAUUAAGUUGAUGGAGUAAUCAAAAUAAAUAGAUCACAUGUAGAUCUAAAAGUAUUCUUUUCACUGUUGCUGCUUUUGGAAGUUCCAACAAUGACCUUAUUUUGCAUUGACCUGAAUCUAAACGCGAUUUUGGAUUUAUGAUGUAGAUAACAUGUGUACUUUCAGGCCCCCGUUCACCAUUUAUAUGUGGUAAUAAAAAUUAAUGAAGUGAUAUAAUCUUGAUUUAAA